GUUACAUGUGACAUGCAGCUCACUGCCAUUGCUACAUAAUACUGGAAGUGACGAUUCCAGUUGUCCCCACCCAAGUCAGCUGUCUGUUUUGUAAACAAGCAAAAGAGAAUUUUUAUUAGACCGCAUCAAGAGAGCAACAUGGGAGGCGUCUUGGGACUCUGCACUGCGGCUAGUUGGAUUCCAUGUCUUUGUGGAAGUGCCCCAUGCCUGCUGUGCCGAUGCUGUCCCAGUGGAAACAACUCAACAGUUACCCGGCUCAUCUAUGCCUUCUUUUUGCUUAUUGGAGUGGCAGUUGCAUGUGUGAUGCUGAUACCAGGAAUGGAGGAACAACUAAAGAAGAUACCUGGCUUUUGUGAUGAUGGGAUGGGUUCCUCAAUACCAGGAAUUAGCGGUCACGUUAACUGUGAUGUGCUUGUUGGCUACAAGGCUGUGUACCGGGUUUGCUUUGGAAUGGCCAUGUUUUUUCUACUUUUUUCCUUACUUAUGAUAAAAGUGAAGAGCAGCCAGGAUCCCCGUGCUUCUUUGCAUAAUGGAUUCUGGUUCUUUAAAUUUGCGGCAGCAGUUGGAAUCACUGUUGGAGCAUUUUUUAUUCCUGAAGGCCCCUUCACAACAGUUUGGUUCUAUGUGGGCAUGGGUGGUGCUUUCUGCUUCAUCCUCAUCCAACUGGUGUUGCUUAUUGAUUUUGCCCAUUCUUGGAAUGAAUCCUGGGUGGAAAAAAUGGAAGAAGGGAACUCAAGGUGCUGGUAUGUAGCUCUACUCUCUGCCACAGGGCUUAACUAUGUUCUGUCACUGGUGGCUAUAGUCCUUUUAUAUGUUUAUUAUACCUACCCUGAAGGUUGUGCAGAAAACAAGGCUUUCAUCAGUGUAAAUAUGCUGCUGUGCAUUGGAGUUUCAAUAAUGUCUGUUCUGCCUAAAAUCCAGGAAUCUCAGCCCAGGUCUGGUUUACUGCAGUCUUCAGUGAUAACUGUAUACACCAUGUAUCUAACGUGGUCAGCAAUGACUAAUGAACCAGACAGAAAAUGCAACCCCAGCUUGCUGAGUAUAAUUGGUUACAAUUCCACAAGCACUCCAGGGCAGGUUAAGGUUGUGCAAUGGUGGGAUGCUCAGGGCAUCGUAGGACUUGUGCUGUUUUUGUUGUGUGUUCUGUAUUCAAGCAUUCGGACUUCCAACAACAGCCAAGUCAACAAACUCACUCUGACCAGUGAUGAAUCAACCCUAAUUGAAGAUGGUGGAAGGAGUGAGGGUUCUAUGGAUGAUUCUGAUAAUGCACACCGAGCAGUGGAUAAUGAAAGGGAUGGAGUUACUUACAGCUAUUCCUUCUUUCACUUCAUGCUUUUUCUGGCAUCACUUUAUAUCAUGAUGACUCUCACCAACUGGUACAGUCCUGACUCAUCCUAUGAAAUGAUGACCAGUAAAUGGCCUUCUGUUUGGGUGAAGAUCUCCUCCAGCUGGGUGUGUAUUGUGCUUUACGUCUGGACAUUGGUUGCCCCACUGGUGUUAACCAAUCGUGAAUUUGAUUAGUCUGGUUGAAACUGUGUGUUGUUUUAUUCAGUGUAAAUGUGCCAGGCUGUACAGUAUUUGCCUUUUCUGCAUGUUACAUCUUAACAUUUCUCCCAAAAGCAUGUUAUGGUAUAUGAACUGUGAGACUAGUUAAUUAGAACUGCACUUCAUAGGCUUCAAUUGAGAAUGUUGUAGCAGCCUAUCAAAUGAGUAUACAGGAGUUGAGGUUACUUGUUUUUUUUUUUGCUUUUGAAAUGUUUAAUAGAAAGCAGUUUUAUUACUUCAUGCAUUUUGCACAUUAGUUACUUUUUCUUGUUGUUUUUUUUUUUGCUAAAUGAAAUGAGUAAUUUAUAGUAUACUUUUUUGGUUCACUGAUGCACACUUCAAUUUCCAGUAGCUUAAUUACUUUUAUUCUCAUCCCUUGAAAAAUGUAAAAUUAUUUUGACAAAUUUCCUAGCAGCAUGAAAACAAGGAUUUGACAGUCCAAAUGGUCAGAAAAAACAAAGUAAAUCUGGUGCCCCUCAUAGUUGGAGCAUGUAAAUAUGCAUUCUGCCAUAGAGUUGAAGGCCUCUUGUCAGGCAUAUGGUUGGACAGACUUACAGCCAACAAGCUAGAUCAAAGUCGGUAGUAUUAAAGGUGCCUGAUAUGACCAGUAAUACCAGAAAGUGAAAAUGCCAUAGCUCUGUGUACAGCAUUUCUUUGCAGCAACGGUCCAAUUUUAUGCAGGAAUAAUUUCUGUCCUGUUCAAAGAGCCAUGAAUGCCAUUUGAACAAUACAAACCUGUAAUCACUGAAUGAUCCUACGCGGCUUAUCAGAGACCUGAAAUUAAAAUUUUGGCCCCUAAGGUAAUACACAAGAACAGCAAUCAAAAUGCUCGUCAACUUGUUACCCUUCCUAUGAAAGCUGUUAGGAUAGUCGGACGUUUGUUCACGAAAGGUUGUGUGUUUCCCAUAGGAUUACUGUGUGGAGAAGUAAUAGGGGUGUUUUUACUGCCACUUCUUGUGACAUUAUAUUAAAGAUCUAUUUUAAUUGAGUGCCAGUCACCAUGGCUAAACAGCAGCUUAUACAAUUAAACUAUAGUUAAAAAAUCUGGAGCAAACACACUUUGUAAAACUACAAGGUAUUCAUACAAAUGAUUUCCCUUUUCGGUGUUAAUGGACCUUGUUGCGGCUUUUUGAACUUAUAUGACUAUGCCAAUUUAGUAGUUUGUGCAGCAGUAGUCAGUGUUGGAAAUUCUAACUGAAAGGUUGAGAAGUAUAAUUAUUCAAUUUAACCUUUUGUGUAACCUUUGGAUUAUUGUGAGGUAAAUAGUUGUAUUGUCAUCUAUUUAGUAACUUCUUAACAUAGUUAAGAGAGAACUUGUUUUGACUUGCCUUUGUGAACCUGUCUAUUAAGGUGGUAUCUUAUUAAACAUAAUUAAAACAAA